AUGGUGGAGGUCCACAUGAAUGCACGCUCACCUGUGCUAAUAGUGUGGAGCCUAAUAAUGCUUGUCAUAGGCAUGAUAGCCGUCGCUCUUCGCAUUGCUUCCAUGCGAACUAGGCGCAGGGAAGCGAAGCUUCAUGACUACCUGGUCUUCACCUCAAUGCUAAUGCUAGCUGGAUACGUGAUAGAUAUGGUAGUUGGUGCGAUCAUUGCAGGUUAUGGUGGACACACGCUGAAAAUGAUGAUCAAACGCCCUAGCGAGUUGAAGAUGGCACUGAAGAUCUUCUGGUCGUCAGAAUGGAUCUGGGCAACAGCGACUGUUUGCUUUCGCCUCGCGAUCUUAUUGCUGUAUAUCGAGGUCUUUCCUGGAAACAAGAAGUUCGCACGAUGCGCCGCCGGUGUAGGAGGACUGGUGCUCCUUUACUGGGUAGCGACUGUGUUUACGCUUGCCCUCGGUUGUCGACCGGUUCAAUACAACUGGAAUCGCAAGAUCCCAGGCAGCUGUGGGGAUAUAAGGAAGAUACAGUUGGGGUCCGCAGGAUUCAACAUGGUGAUGGAUCUUCUGGUUGUGCUUCUUCCGCUGCCGGUCAUCUGGAGGCUGCAAAUGUCUAGUCGCAAGAAGAUUGGGGUAUCUGUAUCGUUUGCAAUCGGAAUCUUCACGGCGGCGAUCAAUCUGGCGCGCAUCGUCCAGACUAAAAUGUGUCCAUCGGAUGACCCGAUUUGGUGCGUGAGAGAUUCAUCUCUAUUGAUGAUGGCGGAGAUGACGGCCGGGAUCUGGGUAGCCUGUGUCCCGACACUGGCCCCAUUGGUAUUCCGUCGAAAGAAGAUUUUCACCCGCCAGCAUAACCUGCCGACAAUUGGCUCGGCCCGAAUGCGUCCGCGUCAGGCAAAGAAGCUCGAUUCGCUUCUUAUUACGUUAGAUCACAGCAAAGAUGAUACCGAGAGGACUGAUGAAUGGAACACCGAGUCUGUGACUAGGCCUGAUGCCAAAAGUCUCGACACCCGAGAGCUUUCGCAGGAGUUUGAGCCCAGUGCAGACAUGCAUUUGCAACCACCAGAAACCUCCAAUGUUUGA